AUGUAUGCCAAGUUAGAUUUCUUAACGGAAAGUAUGUUUUGUCCUCGUCUAACGUGCAUAAAACUCAUUAGAAAAAAAGAGACCGAGAUUAGGAAAUACCUUGUCAGGCCUAAGAAAAUGGAAGUGUUGCUCUCAAUACCCGAUCCUCCUCUCUCGAUCAAUCCAACGGAAAUAUAUCACAAGCACGUAGGUAUGCUGCCUAACUAUGCCGGCCAUGUACCUGGAUGUCUUUUCAGAUUUGGCAAGACCUACGGCAACGACACCAGAGACGCGAAAAGAUGGCUCCGCGGCGACUUCAAACCUUAA